AUGACUUUUCAAAUAUCAGUCCCUGAUGUCUACCCUCUUUCAUUUGUAGACGAUAAUGACCAUGAAAAGACCAAUCUAGCGCUCUUGUAUGAUAGAUACAAGGAUAGGUUCACAACUUUUCCUAAGGAGAAAGGCUGGAUGACUGAAGACCUUUAUAUGUACCAAGGGUUUUGGCACCAGUCAAAGAACGUAGUCUCGGUUGAAACUGUGAUGGCCACACAAGACAGUUUCAAAGCUCAUCCAUCCGAUGUGUACUUAGCCACACUUCCAAAAUCUGGCACAACAUGGCUCAAAGCCUUAGCUUUUGCUAUUGUAAACCGAAACCGAUAUAAAAACAAGCCACCUUCAACCCACCCACUACAAAACUCUAAUCCCCAUAACUGUUUGCCUUUCGUUGAGACUGAAGUUUUAAGAACUAGCCCUACUUAUGAUAAUGCACAUACUCCACGUCUCUAUGCUACCCAUAUGCCUUACACUUCCUUGCCUCAAUCCAUUCUUGAUUCUUCAUGUCGCAUAGUUUAUAUGUGUCGAAACCCUAAAGAUGUUUUAGUCUCUUUGUUUCACUUUGCAAACAGUUUGAGAGGCCAAUCUCGGGAUUUGAUGACAUUCGAGGAGGGGUUUGAUAUGUUCUGUAAAGGUGUCAUACCAAACGGACCUUAUUGGGAUCAUGUUAACAGGUACUACAAAGUAAGUUUAGAACAGCCGACAAGGAUUCUGUUUUUGACAUACGAGGAGAUGAAAAUGGAUACUAGGAAUAAUGUGAAGCUUUUGGCAAAGUUCUUGGGCCACCCUUUUACAGAGGAAGAAGAGGGGAAAGGUGUGGUGGAAGAGAUUAUGAGCCUAUGUGGUUUUGAAAACUUGAGUGAGGUUAAUAAGCAUGGGAGUUUAAGUAUUGGUAUACCAAAUCAUGCCUUCUUUAGGGAAGGGAAAGUUGGAGAUUGGAGGAACCAUCUCACAAUUGAAAUGGGUCAAAAUGUGGAUCAAAUUACCAAAGAAAAGUUUCAUUGUUGGGAUCUUCUUCUAAAUACAUGUUUAUGA